CAUCGGUUGAUGAGUGGAGACAAGUUGAAAAAAUAUUCAAAUUCCUUGAGGUUUUCUAUGAGACAACAACUUUGUUUUCUGGAGUGAAAUAUCCUACUGCCAACCUUUACUUUCCUCGCAUCUUUACGGUUCAGUUGACAAUAAGUCAAGCCUUGCAAAGCUCUGAUGAUUUCAUGAGAUCAAUGGCCAAUCGGAUGUUUCAUAAAUUUGAUAAGUACUGGAAGGAUUAUAACAUUUUGUUUGCCAUUGCCGUGAUAGUUGAUCCAAGGUUCAAGAUGCAAUUUGUUGAGUUUUGUUACAACAAGUUAUAUGGACAUGGUAGUAAUGAAUUAAGUCUUGUAAGAUCCAAAUUGGUUUCUUUGUUUGAGGAAUAUAUGCACAUGGGAAUUGCUUCCAAGGUAAGUACUAGCAGUGCAUCUUCGAGCUCUCAUAGUGCCAUUGAUGAUAAUGCUUCUCUUGCUCUAAAUUUAGGCAGCGGAUGCAUGGAUGUUUUGAAGGAAUUUGACACUUUUCAAAGUUUAGAAUUCAUUGGCAGAGCUCAAAAGAGUCAAUUAGAGCUAUAUUUGGAAGAACCAACAAUUGAUAGAAUAACAAAAUUGGAUGUUCUCGGGUUUUGGAAAGCUCACCAAUUUAGGUAUCCUGACCUUGCACAAAUGGCUAGAGAUAUCUUGAGUGUUCCAAUUUCUACAGUUGCUUCUGAAUCGGCUUUUAGCACCGGUGGUAGGAUACUUGACCAAUAUCGCAGUGCAAUGAAGCCUGAUGUUGUUGAGGCAUUAGUUUGUUGUAGAGAUUGGUUAGCUGGAGGGAAAGAAACUACUGAGGUGGGGUUGAAUGAUUUGACUGAAAAUAUUAUGAAUUUAUUCACAAAUGAGGAUACUGGAUCAAAACCUACUGCAACACAUGAUUGAUGA